UGAGAUCAUUGAAGACAAUUACGAGGCUAUGAAGCGUUGGAUUGAUUACAUCGGCGCUCAGAACCCGUCCUAUAUUUGGACAAAACGAGUGAAUCGUAAUUAUGGGGAUUGGCUGCAAGUGGGGGCCGACACACCCAAGGAUAUCAUGAAUACCGGGUACUAUGGCUACGACGCUCUCCUUAUGUCCAAAAUAGCGAAAGUAUUGAAUCGUACGGAAGAUCACAAGAAAUACAGUGAAUUGUAUGCAAAUAUCAGCAAUGCUUUUGUGAAGGCUUUUGUUAAUACAACUGAUGGUAAGAUCAAAGGCGACACUCAGACAGUCUAUGUCUUAGCCAUUGCCUUCGAGAUGUUGCCCCAAAACCUGAUCCCAUUGGCGGCCAACCAUUUGGUCGACAAUAUUAAGGCCCACGACUGGCACCUGACCACCGGAUUCGUCGGUGUGGGCCACUUGUGUCCAACACUGAGCCGUAUGGGUCACUCGGACGUGGCCUACCGUUUGGUACUGCAGGACACGUACCCCUCGUGGGGUUAUAGUAUCCGAUACAACGCGACCACAAUAUGGGAGCGUUGGGACGGCUGGACCAAAGACAAGGGCUUUCAGGACCCGAAUAUGAAUUCAUUCAAUCACUACUCCCUGGGAUCGGUGGGCCGAUGGCUCUACCAAUCGGUGGCCGGUAUUGACACCAAUGACGAUGAGGUGGGCUUCAAGAGUAUCGUAAUCGCACCCAAACCCGGCGGUAAUCUCUAUAAUAUGACGGCCCGGUAUGCGUCCAUUCGAGGGUUGAUUGAGACGAGUUGGCAGACUAACGGCGCUAACAUUACAUUAACAGUGGACAUUCCGGUCAAUACGAAAGCAUCGAUUGAUUUAUCAUUUUUGAAGGAGCCGGUUCACGCAAAUGUGGGCUCCGGUAGUAAGUGA